GACCCGCACUGGACGGGUUUAGGAGCCGUGGCUGUGGACGGAGAGACGGGGACUUGAGCGGCCAUUGAGGGCGGCCAGGGUGCAGGUGAGCCUCCCCAUCUGCUCGGUGUGCGGGCUGAGCUUCGAAGGGCUGAGCUUCGAUGGAGGACCACAUGACGGGGCACAACAAGGAGAAGCGUUAUGAGUGUGACGUGUGUGGCAAGGCCUGGCAGAGCCCGAGCGAGCUGGAGACCCACCGGCGGGUGCACACAGGAGAACGCCCCUUCGACUGCUCGGACUGCGGCAAGAGCUUCAAGACGGCGAUGGUCCUGAAGAUACACCGGCGGAUGCACACGGGCGAGAAGCCCUAUGGCUGCUCCACAUGCGGCAAGAGCUUUGCCCAGUUGUCGGGGCUGUGGGAGCACCAGCAGGUGCACAGCAGUGAGCGGCCCUUCACCUGCUCCGACUGCGGCAAAGGCUUCAAGUCGUCCAAGGACCUGAAGGUGCACAGGCGCGUGCACACCGGGGAGCGGCCCUACACCUGCAGCGACUGCGGCAAGGGCUUCACCCAGUCCAGCGGCCUGCUGCAGCACCAGCGCACCCACACCAGCGAGCGCCCCUACACCUGUGUCCAGUGCGGCAAGGACUUCACCCAAUCCAGCGGCCUGGUGCUGCACCAGCGCACUCACAGUGGUGAGCGCCCCUACACUUGUGCCCAGUGUGGCAAGAGCUUCACCCAAUCCAGCAGCCUGCUGGUGCACCAACGCAGCACCCACAAUGGCGAGCGCCCCUACACCUGCGCCCAGUGCGGCAAGGGCUUCACCCAGUCCAGCACCCUGCUGGCGCACCAGCGCACCCACACCGGUGAGCGCCCCUACACCUGCGCCCAGUGCGGCAAGGCCUUCACCCGCUCCAGUGGCCUGCUGGAGCACCAGCGCACCCACACCAGCGAGCGUCCCUACACCUGCGCCCAGUGCGGCAAGGGCUUCACCUGCUCCACCAGGCUGCUGUCCCACCAGCGGGUGCACGCCGGCGACCGUCCCGUCCCCAGCCUGGUGUGUGGAGAGCGCUUUGCCAUGGCCUCCCACGCCCUGUCUCACCAGCACGUGCACACCAGUGGCCAGCCCUACGACUGCCCGUACUGCGGUGAGGCGUUUGACAGCUCGCGGGGGUUGCGGCAGCACUGGCGGGCCCACGUCGGCGAGCAGCUGCUCCCACAGUGACAAGAGAGCAGGGGGGCUGCGGGAGCACCAGCGGAUACACACCAGAUAGAGACCCUUUGUGUGCGCUGAGUGUGGCAAGGGUUUCACCCGCAUGCCCAGCCUGUGGCAGCACCGGAGUACCCAUGGCUGUGAGCGUCCCUUGCCCUGCCCGUCCUGUGGUGAGGGCUUCACCCGCCUUGACCACCUGCUGGAGCACCGGCGAGUCCACACCGGCCAACGCCCCUUCACCUGCCCGCUCUGUGGUAAGGCCUUUGCCCGCUCUCAUAAGGCCUUUGCCCGUUCCUCCAGCCUGCUGGCACACCGUCACGUGGAUAGGCACUGUUUAGGUAAACACAAAAUGCUGGAAGGAAUGGGUAACAUUUCUAUCACUUGCCAGGCUUUGUCCAUCCCCAUCUCUCUUUUCCAGCUUCCUCCCCCCACCCUCUCCACUCAGUCUGAAGAAGGGUCCUGACUCAAAACGUCGUCUGUCCUUUCCCUCCAGAGCGGUGGAGGAACUCAGUGGGUCAGGCCGCAUCUGUAGAGGGAAGGGAAUCUAAGGCGACCACUCCCACCUUUCCUUUCCAACUUUCUCCAACCCCCACACCAAGCAGUCUGAAGAAGGGUCCUGACCUAGAAUGUUGCCUGGCCAUGCUCUCCAGAGGUGUAAGUUACUCCAGGAGAUUGUGUCUCUUUUUGUAAACCAGCAUCUGCUGUUCCUUGUAUCUAGACUAGGUGUGCAUUUCAUCCUACACUUGCGCACGGUCCUCCAAGAUUUUUCUCCUUUGCCGAGGAUCGCCCGUGAGGAGCUCCAACCUCGGGGCCUGUGGACUUUUAACACCGUUAAGCCCGCGGUCUCCGGUAAGAAGAGGCCGACUCGGGAGCUCCAUCCUGCAGUGUUCCGAUCCUUCCCGCUGCCGGAGUUUCGUUCAUUUACCGACGUGAGGGCUUCGGACAUCGGACCGUUGGUAGCGGCGACUGCGGAGGGUUCAACAGCC